AUUGGUCUACCUGAAAUAGGGGACCGUUAUCGCCGCUAUUUUUCUUUGCACUGUUAUUUUACGGCCGGGAUCCGCUGCUAUUAGCGGUGGCGGACGGCGGUAUUUGCAACCCUGCAAACAUUGUUUCGUUUCGUCAAUUCUAAUUGCUUCGACUUUGAGCGAAAGAGAUACAUAUGCCAGAAAGCAAGGCGGUGAUUGGUCUGAAAUGGGAACCAAAGCUUCCUGGUUUGCCUUUGCCAUCUACAACCACCUCUGUUUCUGGUUCUGGAUCCUUUUCUAAAUCCCAGAAUGAGCCCCAAAGCACUUCCCUUUGGAAACCCAACCAACAACUUGUCAACGGUCUCUUUGUACCACCUAAUGAUCCUUCAAAGGUUAAUAAAUUGCUUAGAAAGCAAGUCAAGGACACCGCCGGCUCUGCCUGGUUUGAUAUGCCUGCCCCAACUCUCACCCCGGAGUUGAAGAAAGAUCUUCAAUUACUCAAGUUGAGGGGAGCCAUUGAUCCAAAAAGACACUAUAAGAGGGAUUCAAAAUCCAAAGCACUGCCCAAGUACUUCCAGGUGGGAACCGUGGUAGAAUCCGUGACAGACUACUACUCAGGUAGAAUGACAAAGAAUGAGAGGAAGGCAACCCUAGCAGAUGAGCUGCUUUCUGAUCCAGCUGUUAGGCAAUACAGGAAGCGCAAGGUUCGGGAGAUAGAAGAACGUAAUCGACCAGCUGGAAAUGACAAAUGGAAGAUAAAAGGUAGUCGAACAUUCAAGCGUGCAAAGAAGAGAAGGCAUUGAUGGUUCCUUACUAUAUGUCGUCUUGAAAAUUUUGACCCUUGUGGAUUAUACUAGUGCAAGUUUAUGUGUCAAAUCCCAUGAAACAAGUGGAGUCUAUCUGGUUGUUUUAAGUGUUGUAGGU